AUGGAGAAGAUUGUGCAAAAGGCCAAGACCAAAGUCGACAGGGUGGUGAAAGCCGGCUCCGUUGGAAAAGGAACGGCCCUCAGCUUGAAAAUCGACUUUGAUUGUGUGUUCUUUCUGGAAGCUGGCGGUGUUCCGGAGUUCUUUUUGGAAGAUAUGGAAGAUAUUCUCAUGCUGAACUUUGGCAUCUCCGCCGAUAAGAAACAGAAAUCGUUGAGUUUCUUCCACAAGGGCUUCUACUUUGGUUUUCUUCAGGCGCUUCAGGAUGCUAAGGUUGCACUGAACGAUGGAAGCGGUGAGGCCCAAGUGAGCGCUGCAUUGCGGUCCGGCCAGAGGCCCAACUCAGCAGAAUUGGUGGAAGGAACGGUCCUAUUCAUGAAAGAGCAGUCCAGCUUUGCACACACCCUCGCGCGGUUAUUGAAGUUCUGGAGCCAUUCACUUCUUGUGCCGGGCUUUUUCAAUGGGCGCUCUUACACGAUGGAGCUUCUGGCAGUUGCAGCAGCUGAGGACGUGAUGGGCGAAGAUAUGCUCCGAGCAUUCCGCAUAGCGCUGGACAAAAUCAGAAAUUACAGGUCUUUGAGCGUGAUUUUUGAGCGCUUCUACAAGAAGGAAGAAGUUCCGCAGAAGCUGAAAGAUUCACGGCCUUUAUACUUGACCCUUCCAACCCAUGGAACAACCUAA